ACAGACUGUCUCUUCGUUUUAACAUAUGGGUAGGCGGAGCGUUGGUUGGUUAUGGAGAACAGUGGUUUUGUAAUUCUUCCGACAGAGGUUGUUAUGCAGAAAGACUUAUAAGAGUCGUGUGGAAAAAUUAAUCAUCUUUCUUGUGGGCAGAUUUGGGCAUUGAUGUUUUUAUAAAAAUGAAUUCUAGAAGAUCUGAUGAGGAAUUUAUAAAAAAGUUCUGGAAAAUAUUGUCUACAGACAGCACCAUGGACAACAUGCGGAAAGACCUUCAUGAGGACCCAAAAUUCAAGGAAUGGCAAGAAAAAUUCAAUAAAUAUCUCCAGGAGAUUAUUGAAUCUGACAAUUCAAAAUCAUAUGAAGAUAUAUUUACAGAACUAGGUGGACUUGAAAUGCCAAAUUCCACAGACUACAGUGACAAAUUGGAAAAUUUAAUAAAGCAAGUGGUAGAUGAGAAGCUGCGUACUUUGCCAGAAGAGACAAAAGAAGAAAUAUUUAGGAAGUGGGAUGACAGAGUUAAAUCCUUUCCUAUCAUAUAAAGGAAUAACAACCAAGUCAAUACUGAGAAAGAUUGUGAACACCCCGUUCUCUCACUAUGUCACGACAUAGCAUCUGAACCUGGUCUCUCCAGCCGCAUUCUAUUAGACGAGUGCGCAGAAGCUCCUUUAAUCUUAAACAUUAAAUUUAUGUAUCAGAUAAAGUAAUUCAUAUCAAACUUCAAUUAAUAUUUUAUAUUGUGUAACUGGUUAGUAGGUUGUGGAGAUUCUUAAUAAAUUUUUAGUUUUCUUAGUUAAGUAUGUAUGUAAAGGUAUAUAUCAGAUAUAAUCAGUAUUCAUCAAACAUCCGUAAAUUAUAAUAUAUAAAAAUAGUACAAAUGAGAAUGAACAUUUAUAUGAGACAGUCAACAGGAUGACUGAAGAUACUGACAUUACUUUGCAAGAAGGGAUCUCAAAAAUAUAUAUGCUUCACAUGAACUUUAUAGGGACUGUCAAAGCAAACUGUUACUGCUGUGGAAGCAGAACACAGAUGGUGUAUGGCAGAGUCUCUAAUUUAUGAAAGGAAUACUUUUCUAAGAGAAAGUGAAAGGAAUGUUACCUUGUACAUUUAAAUGUUAAUAUUCAGUGAGUUAUAUGCAUCAAAUACAGAAUGACUGAUUAUUUCUAUGUC